AUGGCGGCGUGCAGGAACGUGGGAGCUGCUGGCCCCAGCGGCGGGGCACGCCGGGUCCGCUUGAAGCGCAGAGGCGGGCGUGGGCCGCACCGUGGUUUAGGGGGCGGCGGGGGCGGUGCCCUGAAGCGGCUCAAGCUGGCAGUGGAACAGUUUGUGCAGGCGACUUCGGAGGGCGAGGGACGCGGUGCUCCGGUGCGCUUCCGCCCGGGCAGGGGGAAAAGCCGCAAGGAGCUGAGAAAGGAGAAGCGGCACCUGAGGAAAGCGCGCCGGCUGCAGAGGACGGGAGGCUGCCCCGGAGCCGAAGGAGCGAGCGGUCCCCGGGGGGACAAGGAGGAGGAGAGUGCCUGCCCAGCCCCCAGCCGGGACCCCCGGCCUCCCCGGGAGCCGCGAGCGCCCCGCGCCGGGGCCAAAACUACCCCCGGGAAGACCAGACUCUCCGCGGCGGCCGCCGCCGCUGCCCGAAAGCGGGCGCUUCUAGCGGCCAACGAGGAGGAGGACCGGGAGAUACGAAAGCUGGAGCGUUGCCUCGGCUUGAACAAGCGCAAAAAGAAGGGCGACGGUAGCUCUGUGCCGCUCAGCUUUGCACGCGAUGGGCUAGACUAUAUUUUGGGAGCCCUGGAGUCUGGGAAGAAUAGUGGUUUGUACGAAAGCAGUGGCGGCGAGGAGGAGGAGGAUGCCGCACAGACGCUCCCCGAAAGCGAUUCAGAGAGUGACUCCCAGGAUGAAAGUGAGGAGGAGGAGGAGGACGUAGGGAACGAAAAGAGAGGGCCAGGAGAAGAGGGAGCUCAGAGCGAGGUGGACGACGAAGAUGUAUCGCAGGAAAAAGAGGAGGGAGCGGAAGGGGCAGCGCAGGAGAAAAAAAGAAAAGGAACAGUCCGUUUUGCAGAAGAUGAAGAGAAGAGUGAAAGUUCUGAGAUUGGUGAGAUAACAAACCAGAGUCUUUGUAAAAGUGGCGAAAAGUACAUCCCACCUCAUGUGAGGUGCGCUGGGGAGACAGUGGACGCCCAGAAAAAGGAAGAACUAGAAAGGCUAAAGAAACAUGUGAAAGGUCUAGUUAACAGGUUGAGUGAGCCAAACAUGGCGUCCAUAAGUGGACAGCUGGAAGAGCUAUACAUGGCCCACAGCAGGAAGGACAUGAACGACACCCUGACUGCAACGCUUUUGGAUGCCUGCGUCACUGCCUCGGCCAUGCCCAGCCGGCUGAUGAUGGAGCAUGUUCUCUUAGUCAGUAUCCUUCACCACACUGUUGGCAUCGAGGUUGGUGCUCACUUCCUGGAGGCUGUGGUGAGGGGCUUUGAUGACGUCUAUAAAAGCAGCAGUGAAGGGAAGGAACCUGACAACCUUCUUACCAUCGUUGCCCAUUUAUACAACUUCCACGUGGUACAGUCUCUCCUGAUCUUUGACAUUUUGAAAAAACUUGUUGGAACUUUUACAGAAAAGGAUAUUGAACUGAUCUUGCUGAUGCUAAAAAACGUGGGCUUUUCACUGAGAAGAGAUGAUGCCUUGUCACUUAAGGAACUGAUCACUGAGGCCCAGACCAAAGCCAGUGGGGCCAGCGGCCAGUGUCAGGACCAGACCAGGGUUCGGUUUAUGCUGGAGACGAUGUUGGCGCUGAAGAACAAUGACAUGCGCAAAAUCCCGGGCUACGACCCGGAGCCUGUGGAGAGGCUGCGGAAGCUGCAGAGAACGCUGGUACGCAACUCCGGCUCAGGUUCUGAGACCCAGCUUCGUGUCUCCUGGGACAACAUCUUGAAUGCUGAACAGACGGGUCGCUGGUGGAUCGUGGGGUCCGCCUGGAGUGGGGCCCCGAUGAUUGACAGCAGUCAUCGUAUGCACCUGCCGAGGCAGCCUUCAGGGAUGGUUAGCUCAAAGAUCCUAGAACUUGCCCGAAAGCAAAGGAUGAACACCGACAUCAGGAGAAACAUAUUUUGUACGAUAAUGACAAGUGAAGAUUGUUUGGAUGCCUUUGAAAAGCUUCUAAAACUUGGACUUAAGGAUCAGCAGGAGAGAGAAAUAGCUCACGUUAUCAUGGAUUGCUGCUUUCAGGAGAAAACUUACAACCCCUUCUAUGCAUACCUGGCUAGCAAGUUUUGUGGCUAUGAAAGGAGGUUUCAGAUGACUUUCCAGUUCACCAUAUGGGACAAAUUUCGAGACUUAGAAAAUUUGCCAGCCACUAAUUUCUCUAAUUUCGUUCAUCUUGUGGGCCACUUAUUAAAGACAAAAUCGCUUCCACUUUCCAUCUUGAAGGUAGUUGAAUUCAGUGAAUUGGACAAACCUAGAGUCCACUUUUUACGAAAAGUAUUAAGUAUACUAUUAAUGGAAACAGAAGUUGAAGACCUUGGUUUAAUUUUUGCAAGAGUAUCUGACAACCCAAAGCUGGGGGUGCUGCGGGAAGGUUUGAAGCUCUUCAUCAGCCACUUCCUGCUGAAGAAUGCACAGGCCCACAGAAGUGCCCAUGAGGCCAGCAUGCUGAGGGAGCGGGCUGAGGUCGUGACAAAGGCUCUGCAGGGAAAAGCAUCCUUGAGGAUGUAGGCAGGGAAAGGAGGGGACAGUGGUCCUUUGAGGGUAAAAUGCCCUUAUUAACUCAGAGCUCUAUGGUGUUGUCUCUGUAUAAAGUGUGGUGGGGCUGUGCCACUGUUGCUUGAAAAUGCUAUAUUUUGAGAUAAUUUUUUGAUCCAAGGUUAUAUUGUUUGGAUGUUGAAUCAUCUUCAAAUAAUUAUAUGUACAUUGUGGGUGGAAGAGAAGGAGGCAGAUGCCCUGGGCGGAGUGUUCUGUAAGCUUUGAUGCUGGUUGUUUUUUUAUUUUAUUUUUUCAUUUUUUGAGACAGAGUUUCACUAGG